AUGAACUUCCUGGAGAAUGCCAGUAGUUCCUCCUCUAGCUUCCUGCUAAGUGGCAUUCCUGGACUGGAGCACCUACACAUCUGGAUCUCUGUCCCAUUGUGCCUCAUGUAUCUAGUCUCCAUCCUGGGAAAUUUCACAGUUCUUGUAAUAAUUAGAACAGAGCCUUCGCUCCAUGAACCUAUGUACCUUUUCCUGUCCAUGCUGGCUCUGACUGACUUGGGUCUUUCUCUUUGCACCCUCCCUACAGUGCUGGCCAUCUUUUGGAUUGGAGCACGAGGUAUUAGUCAUGAUGCCUGCUUUGCCCAGCUCUUUUUCAUUCAUUGCUUAUCCUUUCUGGAGUCCUCUGUGCUACUGUCAAUGGCGUUUGACCGUUUUGUGGCCAUAUGUCGUCCUUUGCACUAUGCUUCCAUCCUCACCAACACUGUCAUUGGCAGGAUAGGCCUGGCUUCCCUGGGCCGCAGUGUAGCCCUCAUUUUCCCAUUGCCCUUUAUGCUCAAGCGAUUCCCCUAUUGUCACUCUGCAGUCCUCUCACAUUCUUACUGUCUCCACCAGGAAGUGAUGAAAUUGGCCUGUGCAGACAUCAAAGCCAACAGCAUCUAUGGCAUGUUUGUCAUUAUCUCCACAGUGGGUGUAGACUCCCUGCUCAUUCUCUUCUCCUAUGUCCUGAUCCUGAGAACUGUACUGUCUAUUGCAUCCAGGACCGAGAGGCUCAAGGCUCUUAACACAUGUGUUUCCCAUAUCUGUGCUGUUCUCCUAUUCUACACUCCCAUGAUUGGCCUGUCUGUCAUCCACCGCUUUGGGAAGCAAGCCCCUCAUCUGGUCCAGGUGGUUAUGGGCUUUGUGUACCUUCUGGUACCACCUCUGAUGAACCCCAUUGUCUACAGUGUGAAGACCAAACAGAUUCGAGAUAGAAUUACCCGGGCUUUUUGUUGCUAA